UUUGUUUUCAUUUGUCUAGAGGGUGGUCUAGAGCGUCCAGCAGUCGUCUGUUUCGUUGGUUCUGUGUGCACGCUCUUGUGAUUUGUAUAUGUCAUCUGUAAACACCAACAACGUUUAUAUUCAUUGAUCUUACACGAUGGAUGGGCUUUUAGACAGCCUUUCGACAGGCUUAAGAGUCUCCCUCGAUGAAAACAGCACCGCCACCCCUCAUCCAAGAUUUGCGUUGUACAAGUUAAAGCACAGCGCAUCAUCGCAAGAAGCGCGGAGGCAGAAGUUUUUCGAGGAGCAGAAAAAGAAACGGUCCGACCUGUUCGAGCAUGCACGCCGCCUUGCUCUUGGUUCGGACGAUCGGGGGGCCUCGGGAGACAAUGAGGAGAAAAUGGAUUGCACGGUAUCCCGGACUCGGAGCAACGCACCAAGGCUAUACAGAAACAGGCUGAUGCUGUCAGAAUGGCUUGUGGAGGUACCAGAAGACUUUGUUGAAAACUGGCUCAUGGUUCCUUGCCCAGUUGCCAAACGUUGUCUUGUCGUUUCGUCGAAGGGCUCAACAAAAUCUUAUGCGAGGAACGGUUACCGUAUUGCCAUGUUUUCAUCACUACUUCCAGGCGGAAGCAAAUCCUCGGAUGGAAAACACUCAGAUUUCUGCCUGCUGGAUUGUGUCUUCUCAGAAUUGCAUCGGACGUACUACAUUCUCGACCUUUUGUGCUGGAAGUCGCACCCUGUUUGCGACAGUGAGGCAGAAUUUCGGUUCUACUGGCUUGACGAGAAAUUAAAUGAGAUUCCUCAGAUCAAGGAGACCAGUGAUGGCAGCAGGGGCUGCCGGUUUGUCACGUUGCCACGGUAUCCUUGCACCAAGGAAGCCAUUUCUGCUCUAAUGAACACGCCACUCCCUUUUGAGGAUGAGAUGGAUGGGUUGUUGUUCUACCACAAGAAAGGACAUUACUUUGAGGGCGUCUCUCCUUUAGUUGGCUGGCUGAAGCCAUACAUGGUACCUGAAAUUUUGGGAACGUCUGUGGACCCACACUAUCUUGAGAAGCAACCACCAAAGCACCAAACAGAUCUCAAGGAGAAAUUGGAAGCCAACAAGUCUCGAACCAGAAGCAAAGUCGAGGCGAUACAAUUGAGUGCCGAGGACUGUGAUACUGAACUAUCUCAUGAGAUGGAGGCGUGAUAUUUCCCUUCUCUUUAUGUGAUGUGUGAUUUCGUUGCAAUUGACGGUGUUGAGAGAAAUCCACAGUGGAAAUUCAUUAUUAAAUCUAACUGCUCAAGGCAGCUUGGCAUUAUAAGCCACAGAAGAUGCAUCCUUUCAUGACACCUCUUUGCAGAAACUGAGCAAUAUAUGAAAACGUAAUGUUUGAGAUGAGUGCAGACAUUCUGUUUUUGUUUUGUUGUCUGUGCACAUGUCCGCUUCCUGUUCCGCAUUAUCUGCAACAAGCUUUGCUUCUUAGCCAGUG